GGGAAAGGCGGCGAGCGGGAGCUGCCUCGAAUGCCUGGAAUAAUUCCGCUUCCGUUUGGAAAGCCGCUGCCUCAGUCCCGCCGCCGCCCGCCCGCCGCGUCGGCCCGGCUGCAGCUCCGCGUCCCGCCCGGCCCCGCGCGCGGCUGCCCGCCCCGCCGCCAUGGCCAGCUCCCCGCAGAAGUCGCCCUCCGUCCCCAAGUCCCCCACUCCCAAGUCGCCUCCAUCCCGCAAGAAGGAUGACUCCUUCCUGGGGAAACUCGGAGGGACGCUGGCCCGGAGGAAGAAAGCUAAGGAGGUCUCGGAGCUGCAGGAGGAGGGAAUGAAUGCCAUCAACCUGCCCCUCAGCCCCAUCCCCUUCGAGCUGGACCCUGAGGACACAAUGCUGGAGGAGAAUGAAGUGCGGACAAUGGUGGAUCCAAACUCACGCAGUGACCCUAAGCUUCAGGAACUGAUGAAGGUGCUCAUUGACUGGAUUAAUGACGUGUUGGUUGGAGAGAGAAUCAUUGUAAAAGACCUGGCCGAAGACUUAUAUGAUGGUCAAGUCCUGCAGAAGCUCUUUGAGAAACUUGAGAGUGAGAAGCUAAAUGUUGCUGAGGUCACCCAGUCAGAGAUUGCUCAGAAGCAAAAACUGCAGACUGUCCUGGAGAAAAUCAACGAAACCCUGAAGCUUCCUCCCAGGAGCAUCAAGUGGAACGUGGACUCUGUUCAUGCCAAGAGCCUGGUGGCCAUCUUACACCUACUAGUUGCUCUGUCUCAGUAUUUCCGGGCACCAAUCCGACUUCCAGACCAUGUUUCCAUCCAGGUGGUUGUGGUCCAGAAACGAGAAGGAAUCCUCCAGUCCCGGCAAAUCCAAGAGGAAAUAACUGGUAACACAGAGGCUCUUUCGGGAAGGCAUGAACGUGAUGCCUUUGACACCUUGUUCGACCAUGCACCAGACAAGCUCAAUGUGGUGAAAAAGACUCUCAUCACCUUUGUGAACAAGCACCUGAAUAAACUGAAUCUGGAGGUCACAGAGCUGGAAACCCAGUUUGCAGAUGGGGUGUAUCUGGUGCUGCUCAUGGGGCUCCUGGAAGGCUACUUUGUGCCCCUGCACAGUUUCUUCCUGACUCCAGACAGCUUUGAACAGAAGGUCUUAAAUGUCUCCUUUGCCUUUGAGCUCAUGCAAGAUGGAGGACUGGAAAAACCAAAACCACGGCCAGAAGAUAUCGUCAACUGUGACCUAAAGUCCACGCUGCGAGUGCUGUACAACCUCUUCACCAAGUACCGGAAUGUGGAAUGAGAGCCUGCACCCCCCCCCCCACACUGCUGGCAGACUGGACCAGCCUCCAGGGACCGCCUCCCCUCGCCUGUUCCUGUCUCCCGCUCUGUGCUCCCCCACAAGCCCAGUGUCCACCCAGAGAUAGUGGGAAUUGAGGUCAGGAAGGAAAUGACCAGUAACUCAGUGAGCUGAUCCAUCACCUUCCAGGCCCUGGCAACUGAACCCCCAAUGAAGGGAAAGGCAUCAGCGCCCAGGUGCCGGCCCCACUUUCCCUCUUCAUGCCUUGGGAAUCAGCUUAGGCCCAGGGUUCCCAGAAGCUGCAGUGAAGAACACAGCUGCCACUGCUGGAAAUCAGAGCUGCCAGCCUCCUCACGAAGUGCCCUCCUCUGCUCCAGCUCACAAAUCCUCAUGAUUCCAGUGAAGUAGAUGCUCCCUUCCCCUUUGCACGCGAGGAAACUGAGGCUCAAAGGUUGAUUGCCUUGCUAGAUGUUGGUAAUUUUCUUCCCUACCCACUACUGUAUUUUUUUAGACAGAAGGUCACUGUAGCCCAAGGUGACCUCAAAACUUUCUAACUUUAUGCCUCAGUCUGCCAAGUGCUGAGAUUACUGUCAUGAACCGCCAACACCAGCUCGUUUUUCCUCUUUGAACAACUUAUUUGUUAAUAACUAGUCAAUUACAACCCAUUCUUAGCACCUCCUAAAAUGUGUGUGUGUGCGUGUGCGCGCACGUGCGCACGUGCACGCGCGCAUAUCGCCUGCACACACCCUCAUCCUCAAAGAAGAGAGGAAGCACUGAUCUCAGGGCAGGGGCAGGCUAGGUCAGGGCUUGGUGAUUCAUGCAGAAAUUGGCUAGUUGAAUUUAUCCCAAUUAAUAGUGUGUGUGUGGCAGGAGUCAUGUCUCUCAACCCUUUGUGCAAAUGAAAAUUACUCUUAAUUCCUUCAGAUUUAUAAUAACCCCAUACUCUGGUUUGAGGGUGACAUUUGGGAAGGAUUCUGUUUAGAAUUAAUGGAGUGGCACAUUUUGCAGCCUUUUUGCUUGAUUGCAUGUAAUGGAAAUGCCCUAUAUUUUUCUGCAAAAUAAGUACUCAAUUCAUUAUCGUUAGGCGAAUGUACAAUAUACCCAGGCACCGCAGAGAGCUGGGCAUGGGCCCCUGUGAGUCUCACUUGGGAAGUAGGGCUCCUCAACAGAGACCCUUGAACUUUAAAGAAAGGAACUCCUUUUUGCUUUCUAAUUGAUCAUUUAGACCAUUCUGGUGAAGUCUGCCCACAUGCAAUUACCAGCUAAUUCAGGCGAGGAAAAAUGUAAGUCAUUUAAACCAAAGCUGAGCAGUUUCCUUGCGUGGGUGACUCAAGGGCUUGUGGUUACUUGUAUCUUCUCUCUGUGAACCCCACUCAGAAUUCUACUGUGCCUGGCUGCUAGGUUCUGUAGGAAAAGGAAGGGAUAUGGGAGGCGGGGGGGAAGAAGACACGGGGAUAAUAUUUAGGGGAUACCCUGAGACUGAGAGAGACUGAGAGGUAUGGCUUAUGGUACUUAAUUUAUGCCUUUAAAAUGCUCAAGGCCUUAGAAUAAUCACUUGUGCUCAUGUUGUGUCUUUAUUCUACAAGUUUCAUGCAUGUACCAGAGAGACACCAGCCUGUGUAGCUUUCUCCAGAAGCAUAUGCCUGUGUUGCCAUUACCUGGGGCCUGUUGUAGCAAGCCCAUAUCUGCUUUGAGGAAUUCAUCAGACCACCUGGUCUGGCCUCUCAUCACUCUUAAGACAUUCCUUUAACCUACUUCCUUCUUUCUAUACUAUAACUCAGAGUCUACAACAUUUACAACACAUGCCAUAUUUCUUUGGGUAUAUUAAUUAUUUCUCAGCAUAAUGAGCAUUUAAGGUAUAAAGGCAAUGUACUGUCUUCUGUUGAUUUAUAUAUAAGAAUACAGUUCUCUUUUUACAUAAUUAGUGAAAUACCCUAUUUUUUAAAUUAGGAAACACAGAAAAAUGUAUAGUUCCUAUUGCUGUCUUCUAAAUUCUUGGUAGCAAAUCAAUAUACUCUUUGGUCUCCUGGAAUGUGUUCAUUUAGACAAGCUUUGCUGCAUGAAUUUUGUCUCCUUGUUUUGUCAUUUUUCUCUGGUGUUUAAGAUGAAAAUGAGAAACUUGGAGGGUUUUUAAAUAACAAGUCUACUAAUCAGAAAAUGGUGUUUCAGAAUGAAGAUCUUUUCCGUAUAGCCCUCUCGUCUCCCCAAGGUGUUUCUCAUUAGAUUCUGGAUCUUUUCUUGAAAAUGUGACUAUGAUUUUGAAGGUGGAAAGAGGCAUCCUAACCAUAAAUAAACCAAAUUAGCUUUCAUGUCUAAAAGAAGAAAACACUGAGAUAAGAAUCAAGUCUCAGGCUGGGUUAGAGCUCAAUGGCAAAGCGUUUGCCUAAAAUGCAAUAAGGCCCUUGGCUCAAUCCCCAGUACUACCAAAAAGAGAAAAGAAUCAAGUCUCUGUAAGAGCACUGAGAAGUUUCCACCGCCCCCCUUUUCUAAAUUUAAAUCCAUUGUUAUUUGUAAUAGUGAAUACAGAAAUAGUACAAAGAAGCAUGAAUGAAUGUCUAAUGAAAGCCCUAAGUCUCCUCAUCUCUCUCUCUUUCUCUCUCUCUCUGCUCCUUCACUCACUCCCAGCAGCCAUAACCAUUUCAAGCAGAAAUUUCUUUUUAGAUAAAACCUAAAUGUACUAAAAUCUUUAGAUUUUAAAAAAUAUUAAUAGUCUCUUAUACAGAGUCACACACACUGCUUUUAACAUAUUUUAACAUGAGAACCCAGCACACAUGUCUAGUCUGCUUGAGGUAGGGAAGAAAAGACCUACCCAAUGGGGGAAAAGCUUCCUCCAGUCAACUACCAAAAACAAAAAAAAAAAAGCAUUAUAAAGGUUACUGAAUACCCUAUAAGAGAAGCUGUAAAGUCCAGCCACCAACCAUAUUGCAUUUGUCUGCUGUAAUAAAAGGCACGGUAUAGAGUCCAUAUUUCCAAAGUCUGGGGCAAGGUUUCUUUAUGAGCAUAUCACCAGUGUUGUCUUGAGUGGAUGCAAUUUUCAAGUGCUGCCAUCAGGACUCUAAUUAUGAAUUACCCUUAGCUUCAUCAUUAUGAAUCUAUUCUGUUGUAGGUUGCUUGGUUAACCUGCAGCGUGUAGCGAAGCUUAUUUGCAUCAGCAGUAUUCUGGGGCUAUAAUUUCCAAUAACUAGACUCUACAACAUGUAUACAUUGUGGUUCCCAUGUGAAUCAUCUAUACCACUGUUAGAGCAAAUGUAUACAUAUCUACUCCCCCAAAUUAGUACUAAUUUAUUUUUCCACUGGAAAAUGAGACUAGCUGGAGUCAAGAGGUCAAACAGUUUUGCCCUGCCUCAGUAAGGGGUGGGUCAAAAAUAAAUUGAGGACCCAUUUCCUUUCAUACAGCCUCACCUCGAGAAUCUUACCUGUACAGUAACUACUCAUGCAAAAGAGCUAGAUCCUGACAUCUUCACCAAUUCCGACAUGACACAGACUUCCUCAUCACAUUCACCUAGACCUGUCAGAAAAUCCAGCAGAGUUGUGCAGAUCCUGAGAGCAAGAGAAUUGCGCUGGGACACAGUCUGGGUGGCAGGUUGAUUCACUAAGGCAUCUAAAUACCUCCACACACCAGCUUCCUAAAUACUUCCAGAUGCGCCCUUAGUGAAAGGCAGGUCAACGAGAGCUGCCACAAGCACUAAGUUUCUAUUUCUCACUUGCUUCUGAAG